AUGGCGAGACCGGAGAAAGAGGGGGUGACUGUAUGGCCUAGCGUGAUACACUACCUACACGACAACGAUGCACAGAUUGCACUCGUAAUACUCAAUUGGCCUAUACUUAGCAAAGGGUUAGAGAAGCUGUGGGCACGGGCGUCUAUUUGCGUGUGUGCUGACGGAGGUGCAAAUAGACUUUACGAUAGUCGGCCUAAUGAUAGAGAGAAGUUUAUACCUACGGCGAUAAAGGGCGAUCUGGACUCGCUGAGGCCGGAAGUGAGAAAAUUCUAUGAGUCCCAC